AUGAACACUCUGCUCCGUAACCAGAUCGUCAACAUGGCUGCCCAGCAACAAAAAAGAAACAUCGUCAUUGUCGGUGGCGGCAUCAUCGGUUGCACAACCGCCUACUUCCUCACCCGUCAUCCCAAGUUCGACCCGGCCCAACACACCAUCACUCUCCUCGAGGCCAGCUCCAUCGCCGCGGGCGCAUCUGGCAAAGCGGGCGGUCUCCUCGCCCUCUGGGCCUAUCCCGAAUGUCUCGUUCCCCUCUCCUACCGCCUCCACCGGGAACUCGCCGAUGAGCACAAUGGUGCCGAGCGCUGGGGUUACCGGCAGGUCGGCUGCGGAACCAUCGGUGCCGUCGUCAAGAAUGCCGAUCUUAAGGCUCGCGGCCAGGGGACAUCAACUUCGACAUCCGACUUGAAGGAACCAAACGACACCACGGCCGCAGCCCCCAACGCCAACCUCCCCAUCCAGGCCACCGACAACAAAGACAAAGACUCCAAAGACUGGGAAAAGCUUCCCAAGCAAGACACAGCCGCGACCUCCCUCCUCUCCGAAUCCGUCCUCCCCUCCGAUCUCGACUGGGUCGACGCCUCUCUCGUACGCUCAUGGGACGUCAUGGGCCGGCGCGGCACGACAGAAACCGCGCAAGCGCACCCCUUCCACUUCACCAACGCCAUGGCAGACCUAGCGGCCUCUAAGGGCGUGGACAUCCGGUUGGGAGCCAAAGUGACCAACAUCACAUCCUCGAAUGACAGCGGCAGAGUCGACACAGUCGAGUACCAAGACCGCAACAACAGCACCUCCGGCAACGAAAACGAAAUAAAAACCAUCACGGACGUGACAGACGUGAUCCUGACGGCCGGUCCCUGGACGGGCAAGAUCCUGCCUCGGUCCAAGAUCGAGGGGCUGCGCGCCCACAGCGUGGUGUACGAGGCCGAAGUGAGUCCGUACGCGGUGUUCACGGAUAUUGAGCUGCCGAGCGAUUGGACGCCGGAGCAUAGGCGGGUAAAGGGGCAGAAGAGGAAGCAUAGGGGCCAUGUGGAUCCGGAGAUUUAUGCGAGGCCGUUUGGGGAGGUUUAUGCUUGUGGCGAACCAGACAAAACCAUUCCUCUCCCCGAAACAGCAGACCAAGUCCAAUGCGACGAAGACCAGUGCAACGACCUGAUUUCCUAUAUAUCCACCGUCAGCCCCAUUCUCGCGUCUGCCCCCGUCAAGGCUAAGCAGGCUUGCUACCUCCCUCAGCAUGUCCGGUUCGGAGAGGAGAGAGGUCCGCUUAUAGGCCAAACUUCUACGCCUGGCUUGUGGAUUGCGGCCGGACAUACGUGCUGGGGAAUCCAGAACGGGCCAGCCACCGGCUUGUUGAUGUCUGAACUGAUUUUCGAUGGGCAGGCCAAGAGUGCGGACAUUGACAAGCUGGAUCCCAAGAAGUUCAAGGUUUAA